AAUUAAGGGGACAAGGGAUUGUAAGAACUAGAAAAAUAUCAAUAUAAUAAUCAGGAAGACAAAUUAAUCAUCUGAAUUCGUAGGAGGGCAAGCAAGAAGGAACAGUAGAGAGUCAUGAUUUCUAGUUUUGUGUAUUUAUUAAUGUAUAUGUUGAUAUUUUAAAAUUUAAUUGUGAAAGUGAGGGACCAAGUAUUAUAACACCACUAUGGAAUUAAACAUAUGUAACAGAUAAGAGACAAAUCGAGCAGGAAGCAACCGUGUCUGUGGUAGAUGCAAUGCUCCAAAUCCUUGUGGAACAAAUAUAUACGGCCGUAAACAACGAAGUUCAAUUUGCACUGGACUUCAAAGUUGAGUUUGAUAAAAUGAAGUCACGCCUUGAUCUUAUGACAGCCUUCAUGACUGACACUGAAAAUCUCAAGACUAAGAAUGAAGUUGCCAAGGCAGCUUUAAUCAAGCUUAGGGAAGUGAUUUAUGUUGCUGAUAAUAUUCUCACUGAUUGCAUUGUCAGAGAUGAAUACAAGAAAGAUGGGUCUUGCUUUGGUUUAUCCCUCUCUGAUCCAUUGUUUUUGCAUAAGACGAGCAAGAAAUUGAAAGACAUCAAUACGAAAGUGGAGCAGAUUGAGAAGAGCUUGGGUGGUUUCCAGAGAGCACCACAUCAUAAUAAUGUCCAGAUUGAAGAUUCAAACCAUGCUAGAGGAUUCAUGUCUCAAGAUUGUAAUCCUUCUGAGACAUUUGAAUUGGAAUCGGAGUUGACGAAGCUCAAAGAGUGGAUUCUUGAAACCCAAGAAACACUUUUACAAAUUGCUGUUGUGGGGAUAGAGGGUUUGGGAAAAACAACCAUUGCCCAGAAAAUCUUUCAUGAUAAUGAGCUAAGAAGUCGGUUUGAUAAGAUCAUCUGGGUUUGUGUUUCAAGAGCUUUCAGCAAGAAGCAUGUUGUGAAGUGCAUGCUGGAAAGGUUAGACAAAAAGGUAUCCGGGUUUGAUAGCAGCCAGCUGUUUGGGGAGCUUCAACAAGUUCUUGCUUGCCUUAGCGUCAUGGAUGAUGUAUGGGAAAUGGACGUGGAAUGGUGGACAACCUUAUGCUCCAUUUUCCCCAAACGAGAUGGUAAAAGCAGCUGCAUCAUUAUCACUACAAGGAAUGAAGACGUUGCCAAUGAUAUGGGAGUUGAAAACUCGAAAAUCCAUAGGCCCCCUUUUCUAAAUGACAAUGACAGUUGGUCUUUGUUCUCCAAAUUUGCAUUUUCUUCAAAUAAGGGAAUUUGUCCACCACGUAACGGAUUUGAGGAAAUAGGCAAAGAUAUCGUGAAGAAAUGUGGGGGGCUUCCACUGGCAAUCAAGACAAUAGGAGCUCUAUUAGCACGAAAGAUGGAAUCCUCUGCUGAUUGGACUCAAAUUAGGGAAAGUUUUCAUGACUUGACAACUGAAGGAAGAAAUAAAUCGAUUAUGGCGUCUCUUCAACUGAGUUAUGAUGAACUCCCAUCUCAUUUGAAGCAAUGCCUAUUGUCUUUCUCCAUUUACCCUAUAGAUUUAGAGGUAAGAAGCGAACAACUAAUUCAUUGGUGGGUUGCUGAGGGUCUCGUCCAGGGGAAAGGCUCAAAAUCAGCAGUUGAAAUGGGGUAUGAAUACCUCUUGCAACUAGUGAAAAGGUGUCUUGUUGAAGCUGUACAACAACGACGUUAUGAUGGGAGGAUCUACAACUACAAGAUACAUGAUAUGGUGCGGGAAUUGAUUAGCAUGAAUGCUCAAGAGGAGGCAUUUUGCAGCUUCGAUGAAAAAGGCAGGCAAACAUUGAAUGCAGAGUCUCGAUGGUUAGGUUUCAGUGAUGCCAUGCAUGGAAAGCCAUUAGGAAACAGAUCAAAGACCGGGCAUUAAUGUUCCUGGUAUCAAAUGAUACAAAGCUUGACUUUGGGAAAUUUGGGUUGCUGACAUCUCUAAGGGUGUUGGAUUUCUCAUACAGCAACGUGAAAGACAUCAGUGCAGAAGAUUUGUUUGAGUGGAUUAGUUCCUGUUAGAGUUUGUGACCCGAAUUCUUGUUGACCCGACCCGAAAAGCUCGCGGUGCGACCCAUUUGGUGAAACUAAAUUUUGGAGAAAAAUUUGGGGCUCUGUGGUGGAAGCGGAGGUCUCGGGCCGAUAGGGUUUCUUCUGUACUAUAUAUAUAUAUCUGUAUUUUUGUUCGGCCGAUUGGGGUUUUUUAGGGUAUCUCGAAAUUUGGCUCACCUUGUACAAAUCUUUCGAUAUUGGAUUUGCUUCUCCCUGCCCGUGGUUUUUCCCGUCAAGGGUUUCCACGUUAAUUAUGUGUUUGUUCUUCGAUUUCUUUGUUUCUGUUGCCAUUUGUUUUUCUCCUAAUUCCGUAACAGUUCCCUCAAACGAUUAGCACAUUUGAAUCUUACUGGAGUUCGAGGACUAGAAUCAGUACCAUCUUCAAUUCGAAAACUCCUAAAUUUCCAGCUAUUGGUUUUGACCAGAUGUGCUGAUCUAAAAAGGAUACAUCCAUCCGUUACUAGUUUGAGGAAGCUGCUGGUGUUGGACUUGGGGUCUUGUCCACUUGAGAACCUACCCAGGGGAUUGGGAAGGUUAUCUUAUCUCCAAGAACUCUCUGGAUUCAUGGUGACGAGUCAGUUGAAAAGAAAUUGCUGUAAGCUUAUUGAGCUCGGGGAACUAAAACAUAUAAGAGUACUUCGGAUCAGUAUAAGUGAUGAUACAGAAAUCUCAGAAAACAAGCUGAACGUCCCAGCUCAUCUCGGAAACCUAAAAGUUCUUGCAAUUGAUGCUGACAAUUGUAAAAGGAACUCCUCAGAGAUUUUGAAGAAGGUCGAUCAGCUUAUUCCUCCUCCAGCCUUGCAGGAGCUGUAUCUUAGGAAUUACCAUCGCACAACUCUGCCACUGUGGGUUUGUCCAUCCCGGCUUACUAAAUUGCAAUAUCUUUCCAUUGAAAAUGGAGAUCUUAUCAAAUUGCAAUAUCUUUCCAUUGAAAAUGGACAUCUUAUCAAAUUAACUGCAGAGGUUGAGGAUGGCAAUUGUCACGCUGCUUGGAACAUCGAGGGUCUAUGCUUGAAGUUCUUGACCAGGUUGGAUGUGAACUGGACGGACUUGCAAAAGGAUAUGCCUGUGCUACGCUACAUGGAGGUUAGUAAUUGCUACAAACUGAAAGGUUUCCCCUGUUCUGUCAAGUCUCAAGCGAUCUGGAGAAAAAAUCAAGAUAGUGGAAUUGAUUCACUUGAAGAUAAUCACAAUAUCCAGAAAGUCCAUUAAUUGAGUGAUGCCAAAUUAAUAUUUGCUUUCUAUGCAUUGAUGUUGUU